GAGCUGCCACGAGCCCCUUCGGGCGACUCCUGGGGUGGGGGUGGGAUCCGUGGUCCGGGGCCUUGGCUGCCACCCAUCCCCACCCCACCAUGGCAUCUCUGAUCCUGGUCUGCUUGCUGUGGUCGUGGCUGGGGAAGCCGCCCCUGCUUGAGGCGGACACCCACGGCUCCCCGGACAACGCGUCCCACGUCCUCCAGCACUGCCCAAAGGCGUGCAUCUGUGCGUCGGACCUGCUGAGCUGUGCCAACCAAAACCUCCACACCGUGCCCGCCCCUCUGCCCGUCAUGACCACAGUGCUGGACCUGAGCUAUAACGUCCUUCCCCACCUCCACCCCGGCUGGCUGGCUGCCUUGCCCCGCCUGCACAUCCUUCGCCUGGCCCACAACCAGUUGAGGAGUCUGACACGGGGCGCCUUCCACAAUGCCAGUGGGCUCCGACAACUGGAUCUGUCCUCCAACGGCCUCCACAGCGUGGGCCACCGCGACUUUGAGGGGCUCACGGGACUGGAGGAGCUGCUGCUCUACGACAACCACAUCAGCUUUGUGGACCACGGGGCCUUCCGGGGGCUGGGGAGACUCAGCCGGCUCUACCUGAGCUGCAACCGCCUGACCACCUUCUCCUUCCAUGACCUGCACGGGCUCAGCCCGAGGCAGCUCCGGGUGCUGGACCUCUCCUCCAACUGGCUGGCCAGCAUCCCGGUGAGCGAGGUGGUCGCCCUUCCCGCCUUCAUCAAGAACGGCCUUUAUCUGCACAACAACCCCAUCCGCUGCGGCUGCAGCCUCUACCACAUGCUGCUCCGCUGGAGGCAGCGCGGCUUCAGCUCCGUGUGCGACUACCUCGAGGAACACGUCUGCGUCGCCUUCGACGUGCCCUCCUCCCGGGUGCGCUUUUUCACUCACAGCAAGGUCUUCGAGAACUGCUCCUCGCCGGCCCCUAGCCUGGAGCGGUCCGACGCCCACCUGGAGGUGCAAGUGGGCCAGCCCCUGCUCAUCCACUGCCAGGCCAGCGCCCCGGCUGCCCGAUACGCCUGGGUCUCCCCCAGCAACGAGCUCCUGGUGUUCCCGGGCAACCAAGACAACAGCAUCCGGGUGAUGAGUAACGGCAGCCUGUCCAUCAGGGCGGCCCAGCCCAGCCACAGCGGGGUCUUCGUGUGCCUGGCGGCCGGGAGUCACCUCCGCCACAACCAGACCCACGAGUACAACGUCACCGUCCGCUACCCGCAGCACGAGUCCGAGUCCUUCAACACGGGCCUGACGACGCUGCUGGGCUGUGUGGUCAGCCUGAUCCUGGUCCUGCUCUAUCUCUUCCUCACCCCCUGCUCCUGCUGCCGCCGCUGCUGCCGCCCCGCGGCCCUGGUCCCACCCCAGGAGUGCAGCGCCCAGUCCUCCAUCCUCAGCUCCACCCCGCCCGCCGAGGGCCCCGGUCGCAAAGCCAGCACCCACAAACACGUGGUCUUCCUGGAGCCGGUCAAAGAGGGCCAGAAUGGCAGGGUCAAACUGGCUGUCAGUGAGGACUUUGACCUCAGGAACCCCAAGAUCCUGCAGGUCAAGUCGGACUCAGAAUCCAUCAGCUCCAUGUUCUCCGACACACCCAUCAUGUCAUAGUGGCGGGGCAGGCCUGGGUGUUAGGGAAGGCCUCUUGGGGUGGGGGAGUCCCACCUAUAUCGACAAUGCUGGUUUUCCUCCUGAGAUCGAUACCUCUGCUGCUCCAUCUGUCAGCCUUGCCUGAGUCCCCUCCCAUCCCCUCCUAUCCAUUAAACACAACUCAAACUUGCCAGAAACCGGGCCAUCAGUAGCAGCCGACGACAGACUUAAUUUCUCAUUGGGAGGGAGAACGGGGAAGAACCAGGGUCCUCUCGGUCAAAGCAGGCUCGCCCCUCGAAGUGCAGAGGAGGGUGUCUUUCCAGAAGAUAAAAAACUGCUUGCUGUUUCCCUGAACGAUAGCUAGACAGCCUGGAUGGGACAGGGAGGAAUUGUCCCAGGGGCCGUUUGAGCUGCUGGACGGAGCCAAGCUUCUCUGGGCUAGAAUUCUGCUGGGAGCAGUUUUAUAAAUAACUUAGCCCCAGCCGGACCAUUUAGGAUGGGUCUCUAAAAGUCUUUUAUCCUACACAUAGAAUAAACAGCCCUUUACCCCCGAACUCUUUCCAUCCAGACCUCUUGGAGAGCUAGAGCUGAAUUUAAGAACUUUCAGGCUCCUGAGGUCAGUCCAUCCCCGGGAAUCUACAAAACAAACAGACCUUCCUGGCUAAAAAGAAAUCCAGGCAGCCGGGGCCAGAGCUGUCUGUAAGACUCGGCCUGAGGCCCAGACCCAGGCAGAGAGCAGCUCUCCCAGAGGUAGACCCUGGACUUCAGCUUCAGCACCGUCACCUCCCUGCAGGAGGAGAAGCUUUUCCUCUUAAAAACAGUCUGUCUGCCUUUGCAGCACUAAUACCUAGGCUAGCUCACGCCGUGAGAGACACGGGGCACAAGGCAGGAAGGAACUCUCAGAAGCAGCAGAAGCAGCCGAAUUAAGGGAAGCACUGUGGACAGUUCUGGGCCCUCACUGCGCAGGGGUUUAUCUAUCCAGAAAGAAUGGGUCUGUAGAAUGAUUCAAGUGGGGGCACGGCUGGAUUUCUUGGGAUCGUCCUCAAAGCUGAUUUUGCCCUACACUUCUCCUCCUGAGGACUCGUCCAGGAGCUGGAGGGGAGGGAAGGGUCAUACUGACAGGGGGCGAUGAGCCCUUUCCCUCUCAGAACCGAGUACAGUCCUCAGAAAACAAUAUUCUCCGGGAAAAGAAAAGUUUGUCAAAACUGUGGCUGAAGGGCCUGGCAACCAGCUGAGAAUCCCUGAGCUACUACUACCAUUCUCGCCCCGCGCCAAGUCUCCGAGCAACAGAGCUCGGUAGUUCUGCAAUUACUUAAUAAAGGCCCCGAGGAGUCACCCAUGCAGCCUCUUCUUUCGCCACAAAGUCAACUUGAAUUAAAAAGGCCUAUUUUUCUAAA